GUUGGGGGACUUUCCCCUAGUAGGGUUUUUGUAGCACCCCCCCUCCCAAAAAACCAACUAGGGUUUUGCAGAGGAGCAGAGGAAGUCGUAGACGGAGAGGAGAAGCAGCAGGCAUAAGCCAUGAGCAGAAGCUUAGGUAUUCCAGUGAAGCUUCUACACGAAGCGUCGGGGCACGUGGUGACCGUCGAGCUGAAGAGCGGAGAGACCUACAGAGGAAGCAUGGUCGAGUGCGAGGAUAACUGGAACUGCCAGCUCGAAAGCAUCACCUUCACUGCCAAGGAUGGAAAGGUCUCUCAGCUUGAGCAUGUCUUCAUCCGAGGAAGCAAAGUCAGGUUUAUGGUUAUUCCAGACAUGUUAAAGAAUGCCCCAAUGUUCAAACGGCUGGAUGCUAGAAUUAAGGGCAAGGGCUCAGCACUUGGAGUUGGCCGUGGUCGAGCUGUUGCGAUGCGGGCUAGAGUACGUAUUUUGUGUUAUUUCAGCACAUGCAUACAAAUUUGGUUUGUCUGUAACACAACAGUUGGGGGUUUGUCUGUGCACUUCUUAAGGCCUGUGGGUUGAAUAGGGGUAUAUUUGUGUUGAUAUAGUAUGAUAGCUGUACUCUACUCAAAUUUAAGCUUUAACUUUGACAUGAACUCGUCUACCAUAUCAUUAUUGAACUUGAGAUUGACUCGACUAUAAGUUUUUCGGACUGGAACUCUGCUCAAUUAAUCUCAAUUUGGUUGUAGAAUAAUAUUAAUACUAUAUCUAAUAUUUAAUGUAUGUAUAAAUAUAGUGUAUCACUUGCAAAAAAAAUAAAAUAAAUUAAAAUAACAGUAACCCGAUUAAGCUUGAUUAGGCUUGCAUAAUUAUUGUGAAACUUUAAGUUAUUCGGAGUAGCUCAAACUCAAUUUUGGAAUCAAAUCGAACUGUGCCAAGCCAAAUUCAAGUAAGGGGCCUGCUAUCCAUUCCCCUUUUUGUCUGUCAGAUUGUGUGUUCGCAUCGACCCUUCUAGAUUUAUGUCUUGAAGCAUGAAUAUAUAAGCCUUAAGGGAUGUAAGGUUGCCUGCAUUUUUGACUUUAUUUGUUCUUGCAGGCUCAGGCUGCUGGCCGUGGAGCUGCCACUGGUAGGGGCAUUGUGCCACCUGUUCGGAGGUAAUCUGUCCUCCAAAAAGACCCUUACUGCAUUCCCUCUAGGACAUCUCUGUUCUUCUUUAGUUGGUUUUUGAGUAAUUUCUGCACUUCACCAUCCCUUGUCUCAUAACCCCAAUCAGCUGGUGUACAAGAACGACUCUUUUUUUUUUUUUUUCAAAAAAGGCAAAGGAGUUAAAUCUGAUGGCUUCUCUUUGUAUGUUGUAUCUCUUCUUCAGACUGCCUUUAUUAGUUUCUGUUGACAUGCUUUUGUGUUUGGAUUUUCUAAUUAAUCACUAUCUUCAGUCAAUGCGUAUUUGAUGCAA